GUGAGCGUAAAGACAGAACGAAUGGCUGGUCUACCUCGGAGAAUUAUAAAGGAGACACAACGGCUCAUGGCAGAGCCUGUUGCUGGAAUCACAGCCAUCCCAGAUGAAUCAAAUGCCAGAUAUUUUCAUGUUGUAGUAGCUGGCCCUUCACAGUCUCCCUAUGAAGGCGGGUUGUUCAAGCUGGAACUGUUUCUACCGGAAGAGUACCCAAUGUCAGCCCCAAAAGUUAGAUUCAUGACGAAGAUAUAUCAUCCCAACAUAGACAAACUUGGCAGGAUAUGUUUAGAUAUACUCAAAGACAAAUGGAGUCCAGCACUGCAGAUUCGCACAGUUCUCCUUUCCAUCCAAGCACUCUUAAGCGCCCCCAACCCAGAUGACCCCUUAGAGAACAAUGUAGCAGAACACUGGAAAACAAAUGAAAAGAGCGCAAUUGAUCAGGCUCGGCAGUGGACGCAACUGUACGCCAAGUCCAAUGUGAAUAGCCACUGAGUGUGAAUUGUCCUAGGUCUUUUUGUAAUAAGCUCAUUCUGUUUGUGGGACAAAAAAGAUUUCUGAUAAAAAAAAUUUCACCUUGGAUACUACAAAGUAUCUGUUUUAUGUUUUGAGUGAGCUGCU